UUUUUUUUUCAAAUGUCAAAUCCAGCAAGUAAAUUAUGGCAAACAGUUGUUUGUAAAAAUGGAGUUGUUGCUGCAUGGCACCCUUCUAUUCCUUUUCCUUAUGGGCAUUCUAGACCUGUAGAUUUGACACAAAUAAAAGAACAAAAAAAGAAAUUUUUACAAAAUAUCCAAAAAUACAAAGACUCCACAGAGCCAAUAAAAGAAAAAGGGCCUAGCGAUUUGGAACUUAGGGAAAUAUUUUAUACAAAUAUGCAGGAGUGGAGACCGAGAAUUCCAUCAUCCAAAAUGGGUUUAUUGUCGUCUCCAAUAUUUAAUAAAAUUGGGAAUUCAAAAAAUGAAGAAAAUAAAGAAAUUGAAUUUAAAGAAAAUAAUAAAUUUAUUGAAUGA